GAGACAGAGAACCCAUUAAUGAGCAAUACAGGAGAAGGAAAGGAUAGGCAAAAGGAGCCAAAAAAGAAAGGAAGGCCGACCAACGCAGAACAUCUUGGAAGGCAAAGGACCAGCAGCUUCGAGUCGAUUGUUGACACGUUUAAGAGGAAAAGAGAAGAAGAAGAAGAUAGGAUAAGAGCGGAGAAGGAACUACUUGAAAAGUUUGAAAAAACAAGGGCAGUGAGCAGAUCGCCUCCAACUAAGAGACCAGGAAAAACUCCAGAAACAGAGGGGACGCAAGAGGAGAAGAAUAUAGAAAACGAAAAAGAGUUAGACAUGGAUAAACUGGAUAAAUUAACGGAAAUUAUUCUAACAAUUAAGAAUGAUACAGAAGAGAUUAAAAAAGAAAAUAGGGCAAUAAGAUCAGAACUACAAGACGUGAGAGAAAAAUAGAAAAAG